AUCUCUCAAUCUAGACACUGGGAUUGCGAUGUGUAAACUUUGUACCAACUAUGACCUAUACACAGCUUAACACCAGGUGGGUAAGACAAGCUAACUGACCAGCUCUGAUGUACACUAUGUUGCCAAAAGUUUUGGGACACCCAUCCAAAUCAAACUGUUAAUGCUUCAUACCAAGGCAUUUUGGACAAUUUCAUGCUCUUUGUGGGAACAGUUUGGGGAUGACCCCUUCCUGUUCCAACAUGACUGCACACCAGUGACCAAAGCAAGGUCCAUAAAGAUGUGGAUGAGUGAGUUUGGUGUGGAGGAACUUGACUGUCCUGACCUCAACCCCAUAAAAUUUCCAUGGGAUGAAUUCGAGUGGAGACUGCAAGUGAGGCCUUCCUGUCAUCACAUCAGUGCCUGACCUCACAAAUGUGCUUUUACUAGAGAGGAAUGGUCACAACUCUCCAUAAACACACUCCUGAACCUUCCCAGAAGAGUUGAAGCUGUUAUAGCUGCAAAGGGCAGGACAACUCCAUAUUACAUUCAUGUACAUGAGAAGGCAAUAAUUUUGGCAAUGUGGUGUAUAUGUAAGAUUGCAGUGCUGCUGAUGCACAGACUGAAUGUCCUGAUCACUAAUAGUUUUCCCAGUCAUUUUACUUUACUGGUGAGUUAGCUCGAGAUUUUAAAUAAAUUAAAAAGCAGUCUACAUCUAGAGGAAAAGUCUCAGAUAGGGUAUGUGGUGAAAGAAUUUCACUGUGCAGUAACAUAUAUGUGACAAAGGCAAAUCCUUGUUCCUCCAGGAUCCUGGUGCUGCAUGAAACACCUCAGAGCUACAGAACAUGUCAGUGUGUGAAUUCUCACAUUAACCCAUAUCACUGUGGAGCUGAUGAACAUGGGUCUAUCUGAAAAUGUCAAACCUGACUAACUAAAUGCCCGAGGUGUCUAAUAAAGCCUGGAUUAGAUAGAAAUGAGAGAUGAGAAGUCUAGAGUGAGCUCGGUUGUGUAACUUUAUUAAAAAAAAAAGCUAGGAUCUUUCACUGUUCACAUGAUUAUAGGAAUUAAAAUUUUCCCUUCGGUGAAUCAUCACUUUAAUAAAACCUCCCAUGACCUGUAAGUUUAAAACCUAAUCCAUUUAAAACCAAGCUGAAACUUACCUGGUCACCAUGACAACUGGCUGCGGGCCAAAAGCUUCCAUAUUACCGCAAUAAACAGUAUAAACCAUGCAGCUUCUGAUUGGUUUGAUGGAUAGACCACGCCCACUUCUGCCAGAGAGAGGGAGAGAGAGAGAGAGAGAGAGAGAGAGAGGUCAGUGGUGUGAAUGCGGUUGUCUGUGAGGUUCAGUGGAUCAGCUGAAAACUCGGUGAUUGCUGAAGAGAGAAAAAGAAGAAGAAGCCGCUGGAGCGCAGGACACUGUGAGAGACUGGACAGGAGGAAGUGGACAUGUCCAUGCCAAUAAGUGACGCAGAGGUAAAAGUAGCUGAAUGGCAGAAGACUUAUUACACGGUCGAUUCUGGCAUCCAAUCAGGAGCCACAACUGUUAAUGAAGAAGACCAAUCAGAGAUCAGUGCCAAAACAUUUACAGUGGACGACUGCAGUGCAGCAGAUUUUGAUGCCCAGUUGGUUCUGACCCGAGCUCAGCGUGUCCGGGCAGCCAUGUUCCCUGAGACGUUAGCAGAGCGUGAGGCAUUAGCACACAGUGACUCACAGUCCAACGUACAGCGUUUGACUGAACCCUCUCACCUCUUGAACAAUGCCAUUGUUCACCUGAUCAACUACCAGGAUGAUGCUGAGCUCGCCAAAAGAGCCAUGCCAGAGCUCAUCAAACUGCUGACCGAUGAUGACCAGGUGGUGGUGAGGAAGGCGGCUCUAAUUGUGAGUCGUCUGGUUCGUAACGAUGCUUCUCGACAUGUGAUGAUGCAGUCCGCAGUGAUGAUGUCAGCAGUUUUGCGGGUGAUGCAGAGUUCAAGCGACAUGGAAACAAUUCGCUGCAUGGCCAGCAUCCUGCACUGCCUGUCGCACCACCACCAGGGGCUGAACGCCAUCUUCACUGCUGGGGGCAUCCCUGCCCUCAUCCAUAUGCUCAGUUCUCCAGUGGAGUCUGUAUUAUUUUACUCCAUCACUACACUCCAUAACCUCCUGCUCCACCAAGAUGGCUCCAAGAUGGCGGUGCGAAUGUGUGACGGUCUGCAGAAGAUUGUUCCUCUGCUCAAACACACAAACCCAAAGUUCCUUGCUAUCACCACAGACUGCCUGCAGAUCCUAUCCUAUGCCAACCAGGAGAGUAAGCUGAUCAUCUUGGCAAGUGGAGGUCCUGAGAGUUUAGUGUCCAUUAUGAGGAACUAUAACUAUGAGAAGCUGCUGUGGACAACCAGCAGAGUGCUGAAGGUGCUGUCAGUGUGUUCUAGUAACAAACCCGCCAUCGUCAAUGCAGGAGGCAUGCAAGCUCUAGCUCUGCACCUGACUGGUUCCAGUGCUCGUCUUGUUCAGAACUGUCUCUGGACCCUGAGGAACCUUAGUGAUGCUGCCACCAAACAGGAAGGUCUAGACUCUCUACUCCACAUCCUUGUAUCUCAGCUUGGCUCAGAUGAUGUCAAUGUUCUGACGUGUGCCACAGGAAUCCUCUCUAACCUGACGUGUAAUAACGCACGUAAUAAGUCAUUGGUGGUGCAGCAUGGUGGCGUGGAGGCUCUUAUUAAUGCUCUUCUGCGAACCACUGUGAAUCAGGACGAGGCCGAGCUGGCCCUAUGUGCUGCGGUGAAUCAGGACGUGGCCGAGCCGGCUGUAUGUGCUUUACGCCACCUCAGCGGCCGCCACCCGCUCGCCCAGACAGCACAGAAUGAGGUGCGAGUUCACUACGGCAUCCCAGUCAUCAUUAAGCUACUGGGACAACCACACUACUGGCCUGUCAUCAAGGCCAUCGUUGGUCUGAUUCGUAAUUUGGCACUCUGUCCAGCCAAUCAGGUGCCUCUAAGGGAAGCAGGUGCAAUACCACGAUUGGUUAACCUGCUGCUGAAGGCUCAUCAGGACCUACAGAGACUCAGCACACAGAACACCUACCAGGAUGGAAUUAGCAUGGAGGAAAUAGUAGAAGGCUGUACUGGAGCAUUACAUAUUUUGGCCAGAGAUCCGAUUAACCGGAGUGAAAUCGCCAACAUGCAGACCAUCCCUUUAUUUGUACAGUUGUUAUACUCUUGUGUUGAGAGUGUACGGCGAGUCUCAGCUGGGGUUUUAUGUGAACUUGCUCUGGAUAAACACUCUGCCGAACUAAUCGAUGCUGAAGGAGCUUCUGCUCCACUGAUGGAGCUUCUGCACUCCACUAACGAAGGGAUAGCCACCUAUGCCGCUGCUGUGCUCUUCAGAAUCUCAGAGGACAAAAACUCAGACUACAGGAAGAGAGUUUCAGUGGAACUUACACACUCACUGUUCAAACACGACACACACUCCUGGGACAUGGCACACAGUACAAUGACCCUCGAUCAUGGCUACAUACAGGAUGAGGGCGUAUCAUCUCUGUAUGUUUACUCAGACCUUCCUGUCAAUGCUCUCUCUCUGGACCCUGAUGUCCAUGGGCCAUAUGUGUCAGACAUGACCUUUGACCCCCGACAUGUUUACCCAGAACCACUUUAAAAGCAUAGUUAGACAGGUUGAAUCAGUAAGCAGGAGGUGAUGGACACGUGGAUCUGGAGCUCAAGGACCUGUGGAGGUUAAGCUUAAUGAGUCAUGGUGGUGGAGUUUGAGAAAAUAUGGAAUUUUAAAAAUAUACAGUCAAAAUAUUAGCCAAUGGAUAUGCAGUGGUGGAGCGUGAGGACAUGUGAAGGUGGAGAUUAAUGGUUGUGUGUAGGGCUUAAGUGGAACUUGAGAUUAUAUGGAAUCAGGAGGCAUGAAAACAGCAGGCAGAGCCUGAGGAAUAUGGCAGGACCUUAAACUGAAGAAUUUCUCUUUUAUGUGUUUUAAUGAUUUGGUUUCACUAAGAGAAGAAAUAUCUGCUGGAACCUGCAUGUGUUUAUGUAAAUAACAUUUUUAUAUGAUGCAUUGUUGUGUGACAGAUGGCAUCCAUAGUGUAUGUCCUGAAUCUGUGAUUAUAUUUGUGUGUGUGUGUGUGCUCCUGAUCAGAAGAUUUGAUACCAUUAUUUUACUGUGAUCACUUUUUCAGAAAUAUCAUUACAUGAGUAACUGUAGCAUUGUUAGUACUCCCUGUUGAAAAAACAUGAAUCUCUAAUGGUUUCCAUUUCAUAAUGGGUUUCUAGAUUUCUAUUACGUAAUAGAAAAUGGCUUAUGGUUUUCAUAUUGUAAUGAACCUCCCGUAGCAACAGAUGUACAAUCGAUUUUAUUAAACAAGGAACAGGGCAUACAAUACAAAGCUGUUUGCAGAAAAUGUAGUCAAAAAACAGAGGCAAAAGUUCAUAAACCCACAAAACAAGAAUAUCCAAAACAAGGAGCAGAAAAUGUGGUAGGUAAAUAGGCAAAGGUCAGAAACUAGCAAUGUGGCAAACAAUCCAGAAGUCACAAUCCAAAUGCAUGAAAAACGGAGAAAACAGAAAACAAUGAACGGCCAUGUACAGGGAACUGUAAAUACUUUGCAAAGAACAGCAAAGGGAGCUGUGUUUAUAAACAUGAACCCGGAAGUUACUGAAUAACCUGAAGGUGCUUAGUACUCAGGCAAGGGCUUUCUCUGGCGGUGUGGAGGGGGAAGUGCAAUGGAGGCCCGUCCCAGAACACCUCCUGGUGUUCUUCUUGGCCAGCCUCUGGGUUUGGGGUCUGGUUGAUUGGGAUGGUUGUUGUGGAACUUCCUGGUCAGUGAUGGGUUAAUAAUGUCUCUAGCAUUGACCCAAGACCAUGGGGCCAUAUCCCUCUCAGUCGAUCAUGUAUUGCAGAUGGCCCCUCUGUCUCCUGGAGUCUAGGAUCUCCUUGAUCAAGUAUGCUGGGGCGCCUUUAAUGUCCAGUGGUGGAGGUGGCACUGAGUCAUGAUUGAUAUGGCUUGAGCAGGGAGACGUGAAAAGAUGGCGAGGUACAGUACAUUGGGUGGAGAUCCAGGGUUGAUUUGCCGGUCCAAUAUAGCGUGGACUGAGCCGCUUGCUUGGGGGUUGAAGAGAGAAGUUUUUGUUCACCAGCCAUACGAGUUGGCCCGGUUGAUAGUCUGGGUGAGGGCGGUGUUGUCGGUCAGCCUGUUACCAAUGGUAGCAAAUCUGCAAAAUCUCUGUUGACACGUGAGUAUUUUCCCACACUCUUUGGCAAUUCUGGAGCCAGUCAUUUACUGCUGGGAUGUUUGAUGGCUCUCCUGACCAUGGAAAUAACAGGAGUUGAAAACCAUAACUCUAACCCUAACCCUGGGCAUAGUCUGCUGUUGUGCUGCCCAACCCCGAACACCGAAUAAUCUGGAAGAGCUUAGUACUCAGGAGGUAGUGGUGUAGAGAGGGAAGUGCAGUGGAGAUCAUUUCAAAUAUACUAAAAAUUUGCUUAAUCAUUUCCAUUACGUUAUGGGAAUCAUCUUAAUUUUUCAGAAAUCAGUCAUUUUCUGAUUUCUAUUAAAAACCACUAAACCAUUACAGAUCACACACAUUUAAUACAUCAAUAAACCAUUAAAAGUCUUCAGCAGGGAUGUCCUGGUGUGAAGAGUGUGUCAUCCUAAAAAAUCUGUUUGCAAAAGCUAGUUAGUAUGUAUUAGCUUGUAUAACAUAAGCUUAAAAAAUAAUUUGCUUAAAAAAUGAACAGCAAAUUGGCAAAGUAGCUUAAAAAAAGCCAAUUAAUUUGGUAGCUUUAAAAUUGGCACAUUUGCCAUUUGACUAGCUUUUAAACAGCACAUGUAGUUAUUAAAGUGAGAAAAAAAACCCUUGUGGAUGUCAGUAUUGGUGAUGGGAUGAUGCUCCGAGUUUAAUAUUUGUAUCAUAAAAAAAAAACACUGCUGCACUGUUAUAUGGUGUUUAAAGUGAACCUGUUUGAAAACAGGAAGCUAUAAGCACAUAACCUUAUGUACUGACAAAAAUCCUUAAUAUUUUAUAUACAUGGUUAACAUUUUUAUAAUAAAGUGUGAAUUAAAGAGUCAUAAAAACAAUUGUAUCCUGUAUUUAUUUAUUUGACAUGUUUUUGUGAAAGCUGAAAUUGAUCAGCAGAUCAACAGCAGCAACAUUCCCCCUGAUCAAGUCCUGGGUUGAGUGUCAGUGUGUUUUGGAUGAUAGUUUUGCUGCAUGAUGAAGUUUCUCCUGAUUAGACUGAAUGUGGAAUUUAUCGAACAGAAUGCUUCUGUAGACUUCUGACUUUAUUCUACUGCUACCAUCAUACAUUUCUUCAUAGGUAAUGAUUAGUGAAUCUGUUUUUGAAGCAGCCAUUGAAGCCCAAGCCAUGACUCUACAUUUACAUUUACUUAUACGGCAUGUGGCAGACAGUAAACUUUAAACGGUAGAUUGUGAGACCUUCACUCUGCUCCGUGGAGUUUGUUGGUGAUUUCAUUGAGUUUGUUUUUGGUUUUUUCUUUAUAGCUUUUACAAUUUUUCUGCAAAUGUUUCUGGUGCUAUUGUUGUCCGUGGCUGACCUGUUUGAUGUUUGUCUGUUAUUACGUGUUCUUUCUCUUUUUCAGGACAUUUCAAAUUGUUGUAUUGACUAUGCCCAAUGCUUGUGCAAUGGCUUUGCUAGAUUUCACUUAUUUUCUCAACUUCACCAUUGCUGGAGCUGCUUCUUCCAUAGACAGCUCUCUGGUCUUCAUGCUGGUUUAUUGUUUUUAACAAGAAAUGCAGUCUCUACAGGUGAAACCCAAGACUCAAACAAAGAGCACCUCUCAGAAGACCUGCUUGUUCCGCGUGAUUCUUUUGACCACCACAUCAACUACUGCUUGACCUCUUCAGAGGCCCAGACCUGCCAGCUCCAUGUUCUCGCUGUGUUGAUGUUAGUGGAUAUCACUCAUUUCACUAUAUAAUAGCAUCAUAAGUACUGAGUUGCCCUUAUUGGAAAAGAACUACAGUCAGGAUGGGACCACAGAAACAGUGCCUGAUAAAGACUGAUAAUGAAAUAUCACUUCCAUAGAUAGUGUAGUCCAAUUGGAUCAAGUUUUAAUGGUCAAGGAUCUUAUUAUCCUGUAACUUUCUUGAUUUAAACAUGGAAUAUUUUUGUCAAUUUCCAGAAAACUAUGUAUUGAGAUUAAUGCAACAGUUACUUAUUGUUUUGAUCAGUUAGAUGAUCAUAAUGAAAUGAUGUAAUGUGUGAAUUGCAUGUGAACCGGUGAGAAUCUGAUGGUGUGUCAUUUUGAACAGCUGAUUUUAGUUCAAUGAAAAAUGAUCUAAGGUUCAUGUUUUGAAAAUGACAUAGAGGUUCUGAUAUUAUUGCCUAAGUGAUCGUAAAAAAAGGGUAAAUUACAUGUUUAAUGAAUAACUAAAUAUUUUUAUGAAAAGCACACUGACUGAGCUUUUUCAGUGUGGAGUUAAUCCACCAUUGAUAUUCAGGAUGUUUCAAUAUUCUGUCUGUCCAUCCAGCUGCAACACACACACACACAGUGUAAAAGGAGGUUUUGAAAUUUGAGUAUCGGCAGUAAGGUCGUGAGUCGACAUUUCCAUCAUCAAGAAUCAAAAUGUCUUUGGAGGAAUCUUUACCUGGGGUUAAUGAUUCUGGGGUUAAGUAGCUCAGGUUAAUGACUAACUAAUCUAAAGAUUCCUUGGAAUAUCCUUUUGUUCCACCAUAAAAAAAAGAUCAAAACUUUGAUAAACACUCUGCCUUAUAAUUGUUUUAUUCAUGUCCUGAUAAUAUAAAGUUUAAUUACAGUAUGUGUGUAUGGGUUGUGGGGUAGGUGUUUGUUUAGUUCCAAAAGAAAUUUCAUCAUCUUAAAUGAUUGUGAGAGUAUAAAUAUGUGGACUUUUCACCGACUCUAAUACAAGUCUCUCUGACUAUCUGCUUAAACAUUCUUAUUGCAGGAAUCUUCUGAAACAUCAUGUCUCUUAAAGACUAUUCCAAUUGGAUUGAUUCAGUUCAAGAUGUGGACCAGAUUGCACAGAUGGUGAAUGAUAAUUUCUGUUUCAUUAAUGAUGUUAUGAUUUGGUUUUUAUUUAGUAAAUAUGGUGAUGGAGUGAGAUUCUGCUGCUGAACCUUAUGAAGUAAAAAUGAACAGUAAUUAAAGGAAAGCUCUGAAGGAAACUGUAAAGAAAACUGUAUAACGGUAUCCCUACCCCUGGCCGGAGUCUUGCCGCUUGAUGGUCCCCACUGAUGCUGUGGAUGGAUCUGUGUGGACCAGGAGACAGCCAUGGACAGAGACACUUGGGGACUUUCACACCAUCACAGAUCUGCCAUUUCAUCUGUCAGCUUGUGACAGCAAAGAACUAGUGUUUAUAAUGACCUUAGAAACUACACUGACCUAAUAGUUCCUCAUGGUCAUUGAUUUCUGUUGUAGAAAGGACAUUAAUCAGCUACAGUUACAUUAUUUACUAUUUAGUGUCACCCAAAUGAGGAUGGGUUCCCUUCUGAGCCUGGUUCCUCUCAAGGUUUCUUCCUUUCCAUCCCAGGGAGUUUUUCCUUGCCACCGUUGCCACAGGCUUCUCAUUAGGGAUAAAAUAGUCUAAUUAUAGAAUUUAAUAAUUUAUUCUUAUUUCUAGUUAAUUAGUUAUUUUUAUUUAUUAUUAUUUUUCAUUUUUCCCCUCCCCUUUCUCUGUUUUCUUCUUUUCUAAAGCUGCUUUGAGACAAUGUUCAUUGUAAAAGGCGCUAUACAAAUUAAAUUGAAUUGAAUUGAAUUGAAUUGAAUUGAAUUGAAUUGAAUUGAAUUGAAUUGAAUUAUAAUUGUUGAAAAUGUGUCAUUGAUGAUGAUCUUUAUUGUAGGUCUCAGGUGAAGCUGAACGAAAACUUGGCCACAACUUUCCUAUGUACUCUCUUCUGGUGUACAAAUUUGACCAAAAUGUGCGAAAAAAGUACAUAAUCAAGGUGUAUGUUGGACAUAACAAGGGUGUUAACCUGCUGGUUUGGCAGUCUGAUGAUGACUCAAAACCACCAGAGUUGAAAAGAGUUGAUCCCUUUAAACUGCCUGAGCUAACUGAGUGAAAUCAGUCUGAUCUGCAUAUUUUUAGCUUGAUGUUGGAAAAUGCAGUACACGGAUUUCUUAAAUCAGAAAUAAAGUUUAAAGUCCAUUCUGGAGCAUUUUGGGUUUGGCUCCUUUUUCUUGAGAGCAGUCAAAACUAUUUAUUUUGAUUGCUCAGCUAGGAUACUUACUGGCCCUUAUAUUUCACCUUCCUUUUCUCUUGGCAGAGGUACACGUCAAGGGUGCCCCUUGUCACCUUUGUGUUCUAAUUUAUCAUUGGAGCCUCUGGCCCAAGCGAUUAGACAAUGCUCUUUAAUAACUCCUAUAAGCUGUAUGAAUACAUCCCACAAA